ACAACUAUGAUAUGUCAGUUCCAGAAAAAACUUAGCAUCCAGGCUAUGACUUACUGAUCAUACCCAGGGAAGCACACACAUACUUGCUCAGAGUCACUUUACUGGUAAAUGUCAGAGGCAGGAUUCGAACCUAAUUCUUUCUGAUUUUAGACUCAACAUUAUUCCCUGUUUACCACAGCAUCUCUAUAAUAAUAACUGUCAUUUCUGCAGAAUUUUAAGAUUUGUCAAGUGUUCUACUAUAUCUUCUUUGAUCAGGUGGUGAGGUAGAGAUGUUGGGAAUUAUUAUGCCCAUUUUACAGAUUGAGAAACUGAGGCUCAGAGAAGUUAUGUGAUUAGCUUAUGGUUACACAGCCAGGUAGCAUCAGAUCUGAGAAUCAAACCCAAGUCUUCCUGAUUCCAAGUCCUCCAAGUUCAGCCCUCAAAUCCCCUAAACUAAAAUCCUUAUUGUUCCGGUCUACAUGCCUGAGUUCAAGGAGGCUUGAGGAGAUCCAGUCUGAUGUUUCCUGUAAUCUCAGCUCUUAACCACCAGGAGGUGCUUUGCAAAAGCUAACUUUGCUCAUCCCAGCAAAUUAAAGUGAAGGACUGACAAGAGACCAGGACUCAGAAAUCCUGGCAAUCCUUUCAGACCCCAAAGUUUCCCUUGAAGAAUUAACUCCCUUGCUCUUGUGCUUUGGGUCUUCUCCCUGCCGUAGGCUUAGCGGGUCUGACUCUGCCCUACCCUGCCCCCUCUGAGGCGGUCAGUAACACUCCAGACAGCUCUGAGCUUCAGGUUUUCCCCUGCCGCUGCUCCUGGCUAGAAUUCGCAUCAACAGAGGGUGCUAGAACUUCAAAGGCCAAGCACAGGCGGAGCCAGUUCCCUCAGGGUCCCCUUUGUUGAGGGUGAAAGCCAGGUCCAAGCCUCUGGUCAGGUCCAAGCCUCUUGUCAGGACUCUAGCCCACAGACAGCUCCCUCCACAGUUCUCAGGAGCUCUGGCAGCAGGGGGCUAUUUGGCCACUGUUGCUGCUGCUUGGCUCAGUCUUGCUGAGGAAACCUUCUGGACAAAGCACAGGGAGAGCAUCUGGCUCCUGCCCACCUGGGGCUGGGGGAAUGCGCAGUCAAAACAACCAAUUGGAAUGGGAAUUGAAAAUAGGAAAAGAAGAUGCGGUGCCAAGAUGAGGAGAAAUUUGGGCUGGACACCUGAAAAAAGUCCCUUCCAUGGAGCUGAAGCUUCUUUGCCAUCAAACAGGUGAGGUGUUCCUUGGGUACAUUGUAGUCUUGCUGAAGUGGCUAUCAUAGACCCAGUGAUUCUGCUGACCACCCCAUCUCCAACAUGAAUUCAACUAAUUUUUUCAAUCUACUGCCAAUAUUACCCCAAGGCCAAAACAGGAGCUGGAGGAAAGGUCUCCUCUUGAACUUCUCCGAUCACUGCCAGAAUUCCAUUGACCUGAACAGCUUCCUGGUCACUGCUUACAGCCUGGAAACCUUCAUAGGCAUCUUAGGCAAUCUGUGUCUGGUGGGGGUGGUAGUCAGACAGAGGGAGAAAGCCAAUGUCACGAAUAUCCUCAUUGCUAAUCUGGCUUUCUCAGACUUUAUUAUGAGUCUCUUUUGCCAGCCUUUCACACUCAUCUAUACCAUCAUGGACUACUGGAUCUUUGGAGAUGCCAUGUGUAAACUGUCUGCCUUCAUCCAGUGCAUGUCAGUGACAGUGUCUGUUCUCUCUCUUGUUCUGAUUGCCCUGGAAAGACAUCAUAUGAUCACCAAUCCCUUAGGCUAUAUGCCCAACAUGAUCCAGGCCUACCUAGGGAUUGUGAUCACUUGGCUCAUUGCCUGCUUCCUAGCUAUGCCCUUCAUGGCCAAUAGCAUCUUGAGGAAUGUGUUCCAAAAGAACCAAUCGGAAGCCAUGAACUUUUUAGCAGACAAGGCUGUUUGUACAGAAUCCUGGCCGACGACUCAACACAAAUCCAUUUACACCAUCCUCUUGCUAUUCCUCCAAUACGUUGCACCCUUGACCUUUAUCAUCGUGUGUUACCUGCGCAUCCAUCGUCAGCUGAAGAGGAGAAGAGACCUUUUUAAGAAAAAUGAGUUCUCUUUAGGGGUAACUCAGAUGAAAAGGAUAAACUCGGUGCUUCUGUCCAUGGUGGCAGCUUUUGCCAUUUGCUGGUUGCCCCUGCAUGUUUUCAAUGCUCUUGAGGACUGGUAUCAUGAAGCUAUUCCCAUCUGCUACGGGAACCUAAUUUUCUUAGUAUGCCAUUUGAUAGCCAUGGCGUCCACUUGCAUCAACCCCAUCAUCUAUGGAUUUCUGAAUAGUAACUUCAAAAAGGAAAUGAAGUCACUCUUCCUCGUUUGCCAGAAUAAGCCCUCAAAGGAGAUCUAUGAACAGUUACCUCUGUCUACUGUGCAGAGUGAAAUUUCUAAAGAAUCUUUGAAGUUGAGCUCUGAACCCAAUUCUCUUUAGCUGCUUGGAGAUGAGCCUCUGCUGCCCACAGCUGUCACCAAUGCCCCUGGAAUUUACAUUCCAGCAUGGUAGGAACAUGGUAGAAACAGAGCCACCAGACCUGCUAAUGGCAGCAUGGGGAACAUCGUGAAGGCCACUUUAUCUCUUGAUUUGCCUUGUAGUAUAUCAAUUGAAAAUUAUUCAGCCAUUCAUUCACAGGCUUUUAAUCCUUUGAAACGUCCAUGGUUUCUCCCAGUUGACACUCCUUCCCUUCAUCAAGGAAUUUCCUAAUAGUAGUCUGCUUGUAUUAUAACAACAACAACAACAAUUAUUAUCUUUUGGCCACUUCUCUGGGGAUAAGCCUCAUCCCACUUAACUAGGGCUGGUUUUCAGGUGUCAGACAUAUACAUGUACUUCUCUAUUCCUGUACCCCAAGUCCUUUCCAACUGAGAAAGACCAGAGAGAACUUGGGUUCUGUUGGCUCAGCAAUCAGGAAUUCCAGAUCAGUUCCAUGAGAUGGAGAAGUCUCGAAGUGGAACUUCAGUGAAGGUGUUAGUUUUUAAAGCUAAAAAAUAAACUUGAUAUAAAUAAAUCUGCUGUAGGAGCUCCAGAAUGCUUUGCUCCUUACUGAACCAGCAUGCUUCAGAAAUGGAGAUGAUUGGCACACUAGAGUCAAUCUUGAUCCUGAUGACUCAGCAGCAAAUAAGACAGAUGAGAAUCUGGGACUUUGGUUACCAUGAAUGCUCCUGGGAAUCCACAAAUGAGGGCAUCUGUCUGGAGAGAACAAUUUCCUGGAAGCCAGAAGCAUCUAGGUGGUGUUCCCAUUGAACCCCCCCAGCCCCAGCCCUUUAUAUCUAGGCAAACAUUGUAGUUAAGAUUUAAGAUGGAAGUCAUGGCUCUUCUCUAACGUAUUCUCCUUUAUACACAAAGAGGAUUUAUGUGACCUUGGCAAGAGGAUCCACCCUUUGAAAUGGUUCUCAUGUGAUGGUUAUGGAUUUUCCCAGACCUGUCUAUACUUGGAUGCCAAUAAUUUCACUUAUUGUCUCCACCAGUUAGGAAAGUCAUGUGUAAAAUAUUUUAGUCUUGGCUGGAAAUCUAGGUUGCAUAAUUGAAGGGCACUUACGGUCAGGGUGGCUCAUUAGGAGAAUGGGUUCUGACACUGCCCAUGGAAGAGGAUGAGGCUGAGUGGCUCUGGCAAAACAACAAGCCCCUGACCUUUAGCUGAGCUAAUCAACUACAGACUGAACAUGUGUGUGAGGAAAAGGGAACUGGAUGAAGAUUUUUUGGGACCCUUUGUAACUUGGCAUAGUAGAUAAAGCACAUGGAAUCAGUAGUCCUGUGUUUGAAUCCUGCCUUAGACACUUACUAGGAAUGUAACACUGGGCAAGCCACCUAAACUCUAUGAGCCUCAUUUUCUUAUCUGUAAAAUGAGAAAAUAAUAGUAUCUACCUCAUAGAGUUGUUGUGAGGACCAGAUGAAAUAAGGGUGUGAAACACUUUGCAAACCACAAAAUGAUGUCUAAAUGUGAACUAUUGCUAUCGCAAUUGUUAUUAUUAUUUCUCUAAACAAGUGCUAACUAGGAAGCUAUUUGCUAACACAUUAAACAUGGGCUUGUAGUUGAAUAAGAAUUUCUGUUUUUUCCCCCAUGGGAUUUUAUGCAACAACUGAGACCUUUUCCCCUCCCACCUCUGUUGCUGCAGAGGUAGUUGGAGCCCAGUUACUCAGCCCUUAGCUCCUCUUCUCUGGUGGGGCUUGGGGAGUAGAAACAUUGGAAUCAACACUUUGAUACUUGACUGCUCAAAAAAGUGGCAGAGGUCAUAGGAAAGUGAUGCUCAACUGGGAGGUCAACCAAAUUGCUGCCAAACAUGCUGGUACAGCCUUUUAAGGUCUUAGCUCAUGAUAAGCAGAAAUCAAGUAAGCUAAUAAACCAUAUUUACUGCUUUGUCAUUCAACCCCCCCCCCAGAUGUAGAGGGAUGAUAGAAUUUAAUCUGAAAGUUGGGAAAUGACAUUUGCUUCUUUAUAAUAACAUUAAAAAAACUGUUGUAUGUGAAAAAAAAAACGUGACAUUUUGGGUGGGAGGUUGCUUCCUGCUCCCUCACCUGGCCCUGUGCUGCCACCCCAGGGGUCUUGUUGCCUUGGUGCCACUUACCUGGGGUUUACUUCCCCAAACCCCCUUACUUCUACUCCAUUUCCUCUUGGGGGGUUGAAGAAUAGGGGGCUAGGGACACCUGGGCUAUGCUGUAAGAGUGUGGUCUAGACUCUCUGGGGGAUGGGUCUCUCAUCCCCUCCCCUGACUUCCCCCAGGGAUGCACUGUCCUUUGUGAUUCUUUCCCAUCCCCCUUUCCCACCUGAGUUUGACCCAGGUGCAAGAAUUCCUAUACUUUGUAAACUUUAAAGUACUAUAUACAUAUUAGUUAUUAUAGAAUCAUCAUCAUCAUUAUUCAUUAUUGCAUAUACAAAUAACUGUUGGAGAAGAAAAUGAAAAACCACUCCAGUAUUUUUGCCAAGAAAAUCCUGAAUGGAGUCAUGAAGAGUUGGACAUGACCAAAAAGACUGAACAAUAACAAUGACAAUAAAUAAAAACAAUUGCUUAAAAUAGUGUACAUAUAUAUUAUCUACUCUCAUCAUUUUAAUCUACUGCCUGAGGGGGAUGCCUUGGAGUAUCUUUUGAACUCUUAGAGGACAAAAAGGUCCAACAGCAGAAGUUAUCUGAAACCACACAUGACCUAGUAACCACAGCUUUCGUCCUUAUAGCAAGAAGAUUAAAGGAAUUGGUUUAAAAGGAGUUUGGCUUAAAUGAACACUGGUAGUUUGUAGCAGGGCUAUGCCUUUUCCCUAGGCUAGCCAGGGGACCACUACAAAGCUGUCAGGACGCCAGUCUUGUGUGAUGACUUGAAGGACCAUCGCCCAGCUUGGUUUUUUGCACUUUGCAUGGACAUAGCAUUCAAGAUUGUCCACGUUCAACAAAGAAUUGUGACUUUGCAAUCACAGAAUUUGUGACUCUUAGAUCCUGUGGUCUUAUGGAGACCUUCCUGUUUGUAAGAAUCUCUUUCCUUUAGCUUAAGAAAAUGUAGUUACAAAACUUGGCUAUAAUUUAUAAAGCUCUUGAAGAUCACUAAAGAUGCUCUUUCUGCCAAGGAUAAAUGGAGGUCAAUGAAUUUCAAUGGGAGAUUGAAGAAGAGAAGAUGGUCCCAUUAUUGGGGCCAUCAUGGUAUGUUUUCACUGACAUCUCCCUCAUAUGAGGGGAAUGAAUUGUUACAAAAAAGAACCAGUUAAAGUGGAAGAGUGAGAAGAAACUACGGUUGACUCUGUCUUAAUAACAAGUAAUGUUAUGUUAAUUAGGCAUCACAAAAUAGGGAGAAAAAAAGAUGAAAGAAUGAAUGUAUUCGAGGGGAUUGGGUUUUAGGCAUGAUGGAAAGAGCAUUGAACUGGGAGUCAAAAAAGGCUUGAGUUUGAAUCUUGCCUUGGACAUUUAGUGACUCUGUGACUCUGGGCAAGUGAAUCUAACAGCUGUCAGCCUCUGUUUCCUCAUUUGUAAAUAGGGAAAAUUAAUAGCAUCUAUCUCAUAGAGUUGUUUUGAGGGUCACAUAAGAUUAAUAUAAGUAAAAUGCUUUGCAAAUCUAAACCACUAUAUAAAUGUUAGCUAUCACUAUUAGAGCUACCAGUCUUUUAAGAAACUCUGCUUUCAUUGCUUUAACAGAUUAUAUUUAAAUCCUAAAGUAUUGAGAAGUAAAUGGUAUUUUGGAAGCAGAGAGUUUUAGUCAUGUAUUUUAGUCCCUGUAGAAGAGUCUAAAUUUCUCAAAUCACAUUUCCCCUCUUUACCUCCUACCCCUGCUCUUGAGAAACUACUUAUUAGAAUAAUUGAUAGUUAAAUCUCCACAUCAUAUAGUAGACAGGGUGCAGCCUUCAGGGUUAGGAAGACCUGAAUACAUAUUUCACUUCACUUGCUAUAUGAUACUGGGCUUCUUGGGGCCUGAGGUUGCCUCAUCUGGAAAAUAAAGGGGUUGGACUCACUGACUUUUAGGAUGCCAUUCAGCUCUAGAUUGGGGAUCCUGAGAGCCGUGAUCCUGUAAUUCUAUAAUCCAUUCUGUGGCUACUUGAAGGAGUUGAACUUUGUUGUACUUUAAUAAUAUUACCACGAAGAAAUAUUUAGGAAGCUAAAGUGGUCCUUUUCUUGAUUUUGUUAGGAUAAAUGGCCAAAGCAUCCUUGAUGAAUUUUUAAUUCUUAAAAAACUUGAGCAAGUAACAGUAGAAAAUAUAUGAGUAUUUCCUAAAUAAGCACUAGGGAUCCCUUAAGAGCAGAAUAAAAUUCCCCUCAUUUCCCUUGCCUGGCUCAGGUUGGUACUAUUUACCAGCAGAAUUGGCACCUCUCUUUGCUGGGUAUAGCAUGGUAUAGGAAAGAGCACUGAUUUGUGAUUCAGAAAAUUCAGAAGGUUGAGUCAUGUCUCUGCUUCUUAGUAGCUAUGUGAUCCUAUGUGAAUUUCCUAAAAUUUCUGAGCCUCCUUUUCUCCAACCGCAAAAUGAAAAUGAUAAUCAGUACUUGCAUUAACAGGGUAGUUUUGUGCAAAGUGCUUUGUGUUGUCUAUUUGUGUUAUUAUAAUCCUUUAGAAAACAUAACAGGCAAGAUGUUAGUGACAAAGAUCACACAAUUCCCAACAUGACAGGAAGUGAAAGGAGAAUGAGGGAAAAUAGAAAAAAAGGUUUAAAAUUCCUCUCAUCCUUUUUUUACUUGUUUUACCAAACAUUGUAAAUACAAUCCAAGUAGUAGUCAUUGUUGAUGACAACAUUAAUUGAGCAGGGAAUUUGAAUGAGAUGGGCUAGAGACUUAUACAUCAUUUUCACGUAAAUGGGUUAAGGUUCUACUAUUCAAGUUUAUAUAAUUGUUCUUAUUAGGAGUUUUCUGAGCAGGGGCUACCUCUGAGCAUGUUUGACUGUUUGUGUACACCUUCCAUAUGAUUGAUACACACUAAUUAAACUGUGGCAAUGAGAAGCA